CACGAAAAUCAGUGAAUGAAUAAUGGGGAAAGAAGACGAUAAUCCGUCAACUCCAUUGGCUUCAAAACCAAACUCAAACCCUAGUAGUAAUAAAGACCAGUCUCCAGCCUCAGAGUCAUGUUCUUCACUUCCACAACACUGUAACGGCAAUGCUAAUAACAACAACAAUUCUACAUUGGUGAGAAAUCCGCAAAGCCCUGAAGAAUUUAUACUAUCAGUGGCUUCAAAAAUAGCGUCUCAGGCAUUGCAGUACUCUGAUCCUGAUGUUUGGGGCGUCUUAACUGCUAUUUCCGAUAAAGCCCGCAAGCGUCUUCAGGGAAUGAACAUGCUUCUCACAUCUGAAGAACACCGCAUUGGUCGGUUGGUAGAUGAUGCCCGUUUCCAGAUUUUGUCUCCUGCUGUUAGUGCUCAUCAUUGCAAGAUCUACAGGAAGAAGGUUAUCAGCGAAGAUGUGGAGUGUUCCGCCAACAGUUGCACUGCAGUCUUUCUGAAAGAUACAAGCACAAAUGGGACAUAUCUAAAUUGGGAAAAGUUGAACAAAAGUAGCCCAGAAGCCAGAUUACGUCAUGGUGACAUUAUCUCAAUUGCGUUUGCUCCACAACACGAACUUUCGUAUGCCUUUGUGUUCCGAGAAGUUCUCGUAUCUGUUUCUUCAGCUGAUGCAGCUGUUCUAAAAAGAAAAGCAGAUGAGUUCGGUUCAGAAAGCAAGAGACUCAAGGGAAUUGGAAUUGGCACUUCUGAAGGUCCCAUUUCUCUGGAUGACUUCCGUAGCCUGCAGCGGUCAAACACGGAACUGCGGAAGCAACUGGAAAGUCAUGUUGCAACUAUCGAUUCCUUGCGCAAUGAGAAUCGUGCUGGUUUGGACCGUCGUGAGAUGGAAAUGAAAGAAUUGAGGGAAUCUGUUUCUACUUCAUACCUUGAACAACUCAAAGAUUUGCAGCAGUCUUUGGAAACCAAAGGAAAAGAGUUAGUUGAAUCAAAUAGAAUAUGUACAGAGCAGACUCAUGCUUUGGAAGACCUUAAUGAAAGACUUAGCGCAUCUGAGCAAUCAUGUGUCGAAGCCAAUGAAAUAAUAAGCAGCCAGAAAGCAUCAAUUUCGGAACUGAAAGCUUUGCUAGAUGAGGAGCGUGAACAGAGGAAAGAAGAACGUGAAAAGGCUGCUUUGGAUCUGAAAACCUCUAUACAGAGAGUGCAGGCUGAAGCCCAGGAGGAAAUGAAACGGCUCUCAGAAUCUGCUAUUAGACGAGAAAAAGAACAGCAAGAAAUUAUUAAUAAGCUUCAGGACUCAGAGAAGGAAAGAUGUUCGCUGGUGGAAACCUUGAGAUCUAAGUUGGAAGACGCCAGGCAGAAAUUGGUUAUUUCUGAUAACAAAGUUCGUCAGCUUGAAGCUCAAAUUCGUGAGGAGCAAUUAUCUUCUACCAGUCGGAAAAAAAGAAUAGAGGAACUUGAGCAUGAGAGGAAAAUGUUGAAGGAAGAGCUUGAGAGUGAAAAGCAGGCAGCUCGGGAAGAGGCGUGGGCCAAGGUUUCUGCCCUUGAACUAGAGAUCAGUGCCGCAAUGCGUGAUCUUGAUUUUGAGAGGCGCAGACUGAAAGGUGCUAGAGAAAGAAUUAUGCUACGAGAAACACAACUUCGGGCUUUCUAUUCCACUACCGAGGAAAUCUCAGUUUUGUUUGCAAAGCAACAGGAGCAAUUAAAGGCAAUGCAAAGGACAUUAGAGGAUGAAGAGAACACCUCUGUGGAUAUUGACCUUAAUCCAUACGAUGGGAAUGUGAAUGGAUCCCUAGCAAGAGAGAGAGUAGGCGAUGGAAGCCACAAUGUUGCUAAGGCGGGCUGCAGUACUUCCAACACGAGGCGCGUCAGGGAAUUAUUUGAGUUAUCAAGUGAUGAGGCAAGUGCCACAGAGAAGCAUGAUUGCAAUAACAGAAGUGAAGGAGGGCAAGACACACAAGAGGUGGAAUUUGCUGGUGCUGAAUGUACAGUGAAGGGUGGAUUUGGCUCUGAAGUCGAUGGCGUUGAGACAGCACCCUUGGAGGGAGAUGCUGUGGGAACUGAGCUAGUACCCGAAAGUGAUACUGCUGGUGUAGCAGCCAAUAUGGAGGGUGACCUAGUUGGAACAGAACACGUGCAAGAGACUGAGAGCUUGGGAAUCAAUGGUGAAAGGAAUAUAGAUUUAAACUUCUGUGCUUUAGCUGGGAACACAAUGCAGCUGGAUGAUGGAACUACUGGGAAAGAAGCUCAGGAGCAGAACCCUGCAAUUGCUCAUGAGAGUAUGCCUCCUUCCCCAGCAAAUAAUCUCGCUGAUGGUGAAAAUGUGAUUGAAGAUACUGAAGCUGAGGGAACCAUUAGGACAGCUGAUCUUUUAGCCUCAGAGGUUGCUGGCAGCUGGGCGUGCAGUACCGCUCCUUCUGUCCAUGGUGAGAAUGAUACUCCUAUGAGUAAAGACAACGAUGCAUGCCCUGCAGCUUUACACGAUUCAGGCGCUCAAGUGGGUGAAAGUCAAUGUGCUACAUCUACUUCCAAAGCUUCUUCUAGAUGGGAUCAUGAUCGUAAAGCACUAAGUGAGAUGAUUGGAAUUGUUGCUCCUGAUUUGAAGGAGCAAUUCAGUCAUGCAGUUGGUAGUGACUGUGAUCAAGGAGGAAAUGAGGGAGACGCUUCUGAUUCUGCUACAGAAAGUUGCACCGAUGAUGAGGAUAACAUAAUGAAUACUGAAGCUACAUCUGAUGCAGAGGCAGUUGACAGUGAGAAAGUGAAUGAGGAUGUGAUGGACGAAGAUGAUGAAGCCACCCAAGAAGAUUCUGUUGGAUAGCAGGCACACUUAUGGAUUGAAUUGGGUGUUAUCUUUGAUUUUUUUUAAGGAUAAGUUCGGGAUUUACAAGUGCAAAUGUGACUAUGGGUCAUGAAGCCACACUCCAAGCUUUCGUAAACAGGAGGGAGGGAGGCUCGUGCUUUGAUGUCUGAUUUAAACUUGGCAUUUCGGACAGCUUGGGUCAUGUACAGAAGGUAGCCCGGCAGUGUAUGUCUAAUUUUUCUGUAAGUUUCAAUUCACUUUAGCAGUUUGUAACCAGUUUCACAUUUGUAUAUUUUUAGAAAACUGCCCUAGAACUAUAAAUCUUGGUUAGGCUUAGGUCAAUGUGCAUUAGGUGCUGAUUGUCUGCUUGGCAUCUCUCAAGUAAAUUAUCAAGAAUGUAGACCGUCUUAUUCUUUUUCUUCAUAGUUUUUUGUAUUUAUGUUUUAUCCAAAGUACACAAGGACUUGCUGGUAAUUUAUUCACACUUCGGUAACAAGCC